AUGGCAGACCCCCCAGGGCCCAGCAACCGCCUCCCCUCCGCCAUCUCUGCAUCCCGCCCCACCCCGCCAGACACCCACCACCCAGUCAUAGUCUCCCCCGAAAACAGGAAUAUCGUACAGCUCUCUCCUAGCAAGACCAGCGACCACGAAGAUGAGGUCCACGACUAUACCGAAGACGCCCCGCAGGCGAUGGUGGACGCUGUCGCAAUGGAGAUAGCCAAGCACGAGCAGGAGGGACCACCCGAGAUGAUGGCAGGCAGCAUGGCGAGCUGGGCAGGCGUCGACGAUGGAGACGGAGGAAUAUUCCCAUCGUCCAUCACCCGCACGCACAUGCGGACCGGCUCGAGGCGCGCAUCAAUUGCCUCCCGCCAUUCGGUAUCUUCCUUCGCUCGGCCGUCUGGCACAUAUAGGAGACAAGGGUCGUCCCAAAUCGACCUCAUUCGCUCAUCCGGAUCUCAAGUAUUCGCACUAGACAACGACGAGAAUGAAGGGGCCGGAGAAGAAGAGCACGCAGCUCAUCGAUACAUUCCGAGCCACCGAGAGUCGAGAAGAGGGAGGGCUGGCUCUGAAGCGCAGCCUGGGAGCUACUUUUCCUAUCGGGCCUACGAGAGAGAGCCAAAUGACGACUACAGCACCUCUCCAGAGGCUGAACGCUUUUCUCCGACUUCAGCAAGCCCGACCCAGCCAUCGACGGCUUUGGGUAGGAUCGCGUCCUUUAUGGGAUUUGCUCGACCCGAGGCAGAUGACGAGGAAGCUCUCUAUGGCGAUGGUCAUUCGUAUCGUCCAUCACAUCCUCGCUCACGGUCGCGGCGUGGCUCUACAGAGUCUAGAGCAUACUCCUAUCAGCAAUCCAUGAGCCCCACCGGCAGCGAUGAUGAAUGGGGAUACGGUGAUCAGGAUAUGGACUAUGAUGAGGAAGAUGAUUAUCAUUCUUCGCUUGCCGACGACACAUCACUACCUCCUCAAUCUCGUCCCGGGUCUCCGUCCAUUCCGCUUGUGCCGUCUGCAACAGACGGCAUCUUUGGUGAACCACACGCUGGGCCGUACGAGGACCAGGAACCUCGGGACUUUGUCAGUGUGGCAGUCCCCUCCCGGCAAACUGUGGUACUUCCCGACGAAGAUCUAUCCAUCCGAUUCACAUGCUACAGGACAGAUCGGCUUUGGAACGUCAUCUGGCUCAUUGGCUGUGUCCUUUCCUUGGGAGCACUUGGUCUAUUUGGGAGGUGGGUGCCGAAAAUUUGGGUUCAAUUUGUCGGUAAAGAGGUGGCAUUUGACGAGGCACCCGAGGGCAGCUGGCUUGUUGUCGAAACACCUUAUGGCGAUCUUCAUAUCAUCUCACUAGACAUCAUUGCCUACCCGUAUCCCCUAUCGACUGUCUUUCCUCAAUCUAUUCCGCCCGUCAUGGUUUCUCCAUCCAGCACCUCUCACUCUCCUUCGAGCUCUAUCUGGGAAGAGACUACGGGCUUGUUAAAGGUCAUGGAAUACAGGUACACCAAGUUUGCUUUGGAUCCUACUACCGGGAGAUGGACUAUGAUCAGGGACUGGAGGGACCCGAGAUGGACUUCCAGCAGGGCUGUGGCGCAGGGACUUACUAGCUUGGUCAAGGAGCAAAGGUUGGCUCUGAUGGGCGAAAACAUGAUUGACAUUGCUUCCAAAUCCGUUGUUGGUCUUCUCGUUGACGAAGUCCUCCACCCAUUCUAUGUCUUCCAAAUUGCUUCCAUCAUCCUUUGGUCCUUGGAUGAUUACUACUACUACGCUUUCGCCAUCGCACUCAUUAGUGUCACCAGCAUCAUGUCCACUUUGAUGGAGACCAAGCGGACCAUCGAGCGCAUGCGCGAAAUGUCCCGGUUCCACUGCGAUGUCAAAGUACUCGUCGACGGAGAGUGGCAGAUCGUAGACUGUGCCCAACUCGUACCCGGUGACAUCUUUGAUUCCUCCGACCCCAAUCUCGGUGUUUUCCCCUGUGACGCUCUGUUGCUGUCGGGAGAUGCUAUCGUCAACGAAUCGAUGCUUACUGGUGAAUCUGUUCCUGUAAGCAAGAUCCCAGCAAAAGACGAGACUCUCCGAGCCCUCUCGAGAGAGACCAAACACGGCUCAUCAGAGAUUGACGCCGAUCUGGCCAAGCACUACCUGUUCUCUGGAACCAAAAUCAUCCGAGUCAGAGCAGGCGCCAAACCUGCUUGGGCUCCCGCAAGCGAGGCACCUGUUGCUUUAGCCAUGGUCACGCGCACAGGAUUCAACACCACCAAAGGUGCCCUUGUGCGAUCCAUGCUCUUCCCCAAACCGAUGGGCUUCAAGUUCUAUCGGGAUUCGAUGAACUUUAUCGGUGUAUUGACGAUCAUUGCUGGGCUGGGCUUUGCCGUCUCGGCAGUCCAGUUCGUCAGAAUUGGUAUCGCUUGGCAUACAAUCAUGCUGCGAGCUCUGGAUCUUAUCACUAUUGUCGUCCCUCCUGCUCUUCCUGCAACUCUGACUAUCGGUACGACAUUUGCCAUCGAUAGGUUGCGAAAGAGUGGCAUCUUCUGCAUCUCUCCGAACCGAGUCAACAUCGGAGGCAAGGUCAAUGUCGUCUGCUUUGACAAGACCGGCACCCUCACAGAAGAUGGUCUUGACGUUCUCGGUGCGCGUACUAUCGAUAAGCCUGACCGACGGUUCUCCGAGCUCCACUCUGACAUUACCGACCUCCCCAUCGAAGGCGGAAUCCAUGGCAAUACCCCUCUCCUCUAUGCUCUCGCUACUUGCCAUGCGUUAAAGUUGAUUGAUGGCGAAAUCAUGGGCGAUCCGCUUGAUAUCAAAAUGUUUGAGUACACCGGUUGGACCUUGGACGAGGGGCAGUCGAGGCCUGUCACCAAAGGAAGCGCGGGAGGUGUCAGGCCUCAGGCCUUGGUACAGACUGUUGUGAGGCCGCCGGGUACCGAUAAGUGGAGGAUGGAGGAUGCUUUGAAACAAGGAUCAAAGCAUGCGCACUUCCUGGAGAUCGGUGUCAUUAGAACAUUGGAUUUCGUCUCUGCUCUGCGAAGGAUGAGUGUCAUUGUCAAGAGGCUUAGAUCGACAAGUAUGGAGAUCUACGUGAAGGGCGCGCCCGAAGUGAUGCCUGACAUCUGUGACCCGGCUUCUUUCCCCAUCGACUAUGAAGACAUGCUGUCUUACUAUACCAGAAACGGUUAUCGUGUCAUCGCCAUCGCAGGAAAGUCUAUCGAGGGCAUGACCUGGCUCAAGGCCCAGCGAAUGAGACGUGAGGCUGCCGAGUCCGACUUGCAGUUCCUUGGUUUCAUCGUUUUCGAAAACAAGCUGAAAGCUGGAACCACCCCCAACAUUCACACCCUCCGUGCUGCCCAUCUCGCAUGCCGUAUGGUUACCGGCGACAACGUCCGUACUGCCAUUUCGGUCGCUCGAGAAUGCGGUCUCGUCUCGCACUCUGCCAGCGUGUACAUUCCCACAUUUGUCCCUGGCACCGGAAACGCCGAGGAUGCCAGGAUCGAUUGGACGAGUGUAGACGAUGAUAAGCUACAGUUGGACGAGUGGUCGUUGAAACCCUUGACGAAUCAGGUCGGCGUAGCAAUGGACACGGCGGAAGCUGAGAUGCACGACUAUCAACUGGCGGUGACUGGUGACGUCUUCAAGUGGAUGCUGGAAUAUGCCGAGUUUGAAACAAUGGAAAGAAUGCUGGUGAAGGGCGUCAUCUUUGCUCGAAUGUCUCCUGAUGAAAAGGCUGAAUUGGUGGAACGUCUUCAAGCACUCGGUUAUACUGUGGCCUUCUGCGGAGACGGCGCCAAUGACUGCGGUGCCCUCAAAGCAGCCGAUGUCGGCGUAUCUCUGUCGGAAGCAGAAGCGUCCGUUGCUGCUCCCUUUACGAGUCGGAUCCCCGAUAUCAGUUGCAUGGUCGAGAUCAUCAAGGAGGGUAGGGCGGCUUUGGUCACGAGUUUCAGCUGCUUCAAGUACAUGGCGCUAUACUCUAUGAUCCAAUUUGCUACAGUCACUCUUCUGUACUCGUUUGCGUCAAGUCUGGGAGACUUCCAGUUCCUCUACAUCGAUCUCUUCAUCAUCAUUCCGGUCGCGGUUGCUAUGGGACGAACCCUGCCCUUCCCCAAGAUACACCCGAAGAGGCCGACAGCGAGUCUUGUCUCUCGAAAGGUCUUAAUCAGUAUAAUCGGCCAGAUCGUCAUCAACGCUGCUGUCCAGGUAGUCGUCUUCGUCUGGGUCAGGAGACAGCCAUGGUACACGAAACCCGACACCAACGUGGACAAGCUGGAAACAAUCAACUAUGAAAACUCGGCAUUGUUCCUUGUAUCUUGCUUCCAGUAUAUCUUGGUCGCCGGUGUCUUCAGUGUUGGCCCCCCAUAUCGCAAACCACUCUGGACUAAUCCUUCUCUCGUAUCCUGCCUUGUCGCCCUCGGUGCCUUCAGUACCUAUAUUGUCCUCUCUCCCGCCAAAUCUAUAGCUGUCAUACUCGAUCUCAUGUCUCUCAAGUUUGGAUUCAAGCUACAACUAUUGGGAAUUGCUGGUAUCAACAUUAUCGCCAGUUUCGCUUUUGAGCGGUUUGGAGAACGACCGAUCUCGAGGCUGAUAGUCGGAGUAAAGAGGUGGAUGUGGAGGAGAGGUAGGAGAAGGGAGUAUAGGCCGAUAGAGAGAGAGGUCAGAUAG